AUGUUAGAAGAGCAGGGGUUUGAAAGUCAAGACAAAGAAAAUAUGCCAAAUACAUAUACUAUUGUUAUUAAAGUAGGUUCCUCAUCGUUAGUCGAUGAGCAGACUAAGGAGCCUAAGUUGGCUAUUAUGUCUAAAUUAGUUGAGACUGUAGUUAGACUGAGACGGGCUGGUCAUAAAGUUGCUAUUGUUUCUAGUGGUGGUAUUGCUGUUGGGUUGAGGGCAUUAGGUUUGCCUAAAAAGCCUAAACACAUAUCUGAGAUUCAGGCUAUCGCAGCUGUGGGUCAAGGUAGAUUGAUUGGUAGAUGGGAUUUAUUAUUUUCCCAGUUCAAUCAAAGAAUUGCCCAAGUUUUAUUAACUAGAACUGAUAUAAUGUAUUGGAGACAGUAUAGAAAUGCUCAAAAUACAUUAAAUGAGUUGUUGAAGAUGGGUGUUGUUCCAAUUAUUAAUGAGAACGAUACCUUAUCUAUUAGUGAAAUUAAAUUUGGUGAUAAUGAUACAUUAUCUGCCAUUACAGCAUCAAUCGUUGGGGCUGACUAUUUAUUCCUUUUGACUGAUGUCGACUGUUUAUAUACUGAUAAUCCAAGAACCAAUCCGGAUGCUACUCCAAUCUUAAUUGUUCCAGAUAUUUCAAAAGGGUUGCCAGGUGUGAAGAUUGACAGCGGUGGUGGCUCUUCAGUCGGUACUGGUGGUAUGGAGACUAAGUUAGUUGCCGCUGAUUUAGCUACCAAUGCUGGUGUUCAUACAAUCGUGAUGAAGAGUGAUGUUCCUGAAAAUAUUAACAAGAUUGUGGAUUAUAUUCAAAGUCUUGAUAUAAACUUAAGCGGUAAUGGUGAAAAGAAAAUUGAAGAAGAAAAUGGUUGUGAUUUAUUUGAAUUACAGAGGAAAGAAUUGGAAAGAUUGGAAGAGAUGGAGGUUCCUUUACAUACGAAAUUUUUAGCCAAUGACGACAACCAUCAUUUGAAGAAUCGUGAGUUUUGGAUUCUUCAUGGCUUAGUAGCGAACGGUGCUGUUAUUAUCGAUGAAGGUGCAUAUAAAGCAUUGACACGUAGAAACAAAGCCGGUUUAUUACCAGCAGGUGUUAUUGAAGUUGAAGGUUCAUUCCACGAAUUAGAAUGUGUUGAAUUGAAAAUUGGUAAGAGGUUACCAAAUGGUGAGUUAGACACAUCGAUUCCAUUACGUACAUGUGGUAAAGCUCGUUGUGAUUAUUCAAGUAUUGAAAUUAGCAGAAUUAAAGGUUUGCAAAGUGAUGAAAUUGAAAAUGAAUUAGGGUACGCCGACAGUGAAUAUGUUGCUCAAAGAGAAAACAUGGCUUUCCCACCAAAUUGA